AUGGCGCAACAUGCAUCAUUCUCUUCUCCUUCUCUAUCCAAAUACACUUACGAUGUGUUUCUUAGUUUUCGAGGUGAGGAUACUCGUUAUGGUUUCACUGGUAAUCUAUACAGUGCUUUGAGUCAAAGGGGAAUCUUUACCUUCAUUGACGAUGAUGUUCUACCAAAAGGCCAAGAAAUCACACCUUCUCUCCGCAAAGCAAUACAAGAAUCGAGGAUGUCCAUCGUUAUUUUCUCCAAAAACUAUGCCACCUCAACUUUUUGUUUGAAUGAGCUUGUCCUGAUCCUUGAGUGUUACACGAAACAAAACAUGUGGAUUUUGCCAGUGUUUUAUGAUGUUGAUCCAUCACACGUGAGACAUCAAAAAGGGAGUUACAAAGAUGCGUUUGUACAGCACGAACGUGGAAGAUUCAAAGAUGAUAUUGAGAAAGUAAAAAAAUGGAGGUUGGCUUUGCGUCAAGUGGCUGAUUUGUCUGGUUUGCAUUUCAAAAUUGGGAAAGAAUAUGAGUUUAAGUUCAUUAAAAAGAUCACAGAAGAUAUUUCUAGCAAGCUUAAUCGAUCUCCCUUGCAUAUUGCUGAUUAUCCUGUUGGUUUGAAAGCUCGGAUGCAACAGAUACAAAGGCUAAUGGGUGUUGCAUUUAUUGAAAACAAAGUGACUAUGCUUGGAAUUCAUGGAAUGGGUGGUAUAGGAAAAUCAACCCUUGCACGUGCCAUAUACAAUUUGAUAGUAGAUCAGUUUGAAGUUUCAUGCUUUCUUGCUGAUGUUAGAGAAAAUUCAUCAACAAAACAUGGCCUUUUGCAGAUCCAAGAGACAAUGCUUUCAGAAUUAAUUGGAGAGAGAAAUGUCAAGUUCGGAGAUGUACAUCAAGGAAUUCCAAUACUACAACAAAGACUCUGUCGAAAAAAGGUUCUUCUUGUUCUUGAUGAUAUUGACAAUAAGGAACAAUUGCAAGCAACUGUUGGAGGACUUGACUGGUUUGGUUUAGGUAGCAUUAUUAUUAUAACAACAAGAGAUAAGCAUUUGUUAGAUAUUCAUGGAGUUGAAAAGCUAUUUGAGGUCAAUGAAUUGGAUGAUAUUGAAGCUCAUAAAUUGUUUAGCUGGAAUGCUUUCAGAAACAAAGAAGUUGAUUCAAAUUACAAGGAAAUCAUAAAGCGUGCCAUAUAUUAUGCACGUGGCCUUCCCUUGGCUUUGGAAAUAAUAGGCUCAAACUUGUUGGGUAAAACAUCAGAUGAAUGGGAUUCUGCAUUAAAAGCAUAUGACAAAAUUCCAAAUGGAGAUAUUCAGAAAAUUCUUAGAGUUAGCUAUGAUAGCUUGGAUACUAAUGAGAGGGAAAUAUUUCUUGAUAUAGCUUGCUUCUUCCGAGGAUGCACUCUAAGACAUGCUACAAAUAUGCUUGAGGCAAGAGGUUUUCAUCCAAAAUUUGGUAUUAGAGUGUUGGAAGAAAAAUCACUUGUUAAAAUUGACAAACACGAUGGAAAAUUUGUGAUAAUGCAUGACUUGAUUCGAUCUAUGGGAAGGGAAAUAGUUAGACAACAAUCAAAUUGGCCUCAGAAACGAAAUAGGUUGUGGUUUUACGAGGACAUUAUUAGUGUUUUGGAGAAACAAUCGGAAAAUGAUGAAAUUGAAGCGAUGAUGUUGGACAUGCCAAAUGAUGAUCAAGAAGUGCAAUGCAAUCAAAAGGUGUUUAGAAAAAUGAAAAACUUACAAAUGUUGCUUAUAAAAAAGAAUGUUGCCUUUUUUAGAUGUCCUAAAGAUCUUCCAAUCAGUUUGAGAGUGUUGGAAUGGUUGGGAUACCCUGAAUCUUCUUUACCAACUAAUUUUUGUUCGAAGAAUCUUGUCAUACUCAAUUUGUCAUUCAGUUUCUUUCAAUGGGAUAAACCACUUCAGGUAUGUGCUACUAGUUAUAAGUAA